GGCAUUUUAGAGGAAGAAGACAGAAGAUGAGUUUAUCUCUGCUUUCACUCUACUGCUCCUCAGCCUAUAUCGUCGUCUCUUUGGCCGCAUCUGCGUCCAGUGCGAGAGUUGCUCGGCAUCCCUUUCGUAACAAGAAGGCGAAGUACGUAUCCUUGGUUCUAAUGGAAGACCGCGAAGCCAAGCCUAUCGAUCUGGUGGGAGGAUUCUUGGCGAAGAAGCCCUACAGUCCUCCCUCCUGGGCCUCCCAUCUCAAUCCCAUUCCUUCCCACAUAUACUCUCUGGGACAUUUUCCUACUCCAAUUCAUAAAUUGAGCGUUCCUAAUCUACCCAGCGAUACAGAAAUCUGGAUAAAGCGUGAUGAUCUGUCAGGAAUGCAAUUGAGUGGUAACAAAGUCAGGAAGCUGGAAUUCUUAUUGGCAGAUGCAGUGGCACAUGGUGCAGACUGUGUAAUCACGGUUGGAGGCAUUCAGAGCAACCACUGUCGUGCAACUGCUGUGGCUGCUAGAUAUCUGAAUAUAGACUGUUAUCUAAUACUUCGCACCUCAAAGAUUCUGGUGGACAGAGAUCCUGGUCUGACUGGCAAUCUCCUUGUUGAGAGAUUAGUUGGAGCAAAAGUUGAACUUGUUUCAAAGGAAGAAUAUGCAAGUAUCGGCAGUGUGGCUCUUGCUGAUCUGCUAAAAGAGCGACUGAUAAGUGAAGGGAGGAAACCAUAUGUUAUUCCAGUUGGAGGAUCGAAUUCCCUAGGAAGUUGGGGCUACAUUGAAGCAAUACGGGAGAUAGAACAACAAACUAAGUGCAGUUUUGGUGGAGUUCAUUUUGAUGACAUUGUUGUUGCGUGCGGCAGUGGGGGUACUAUUGCUGGCCUUGCUCUUGGAUCUACAUUAAGCAAUUUGCAAUCGAAAGUUCAUGCAUUCUCUGUUUGUGAUGAUCCGGACUAUUUCUACAACUAUUGUCAAGGCCUUCUUGAUGGGCUUCAAGCUGGGGUUGAUUUACAUGAUAUUGUGAACAUUCAAGAUGCAAAAGGCUUGGGUUAUGCCAUCAGUAAUGCAGAGGAGCUUCAAUUUGUUAAAGACGUUGCAGCUGAAACUGGAGUAAUUCUAGAUCCUGUUUACAGUGGAAAAGCUGCAUAUGCCCUUCUGAAGGACAUAGAUGCGAACCCAACAAAAUGGAAGGGGAGAAAGAUUCUAUUCAUACACACAGGUGGCCUACUUGGGUUAUUUGACAAGACCGAACAGUUGGCUUCAAUUAUAGGAAACUGGCGGAAGAUGGAAUUCGGUGAAUCCAUCCCACGUAAAGAUGGAAUCGGAAAGAUGUUUUAAUGAUGCUACAAUCCUGUUCUUGAAGAACUCCUGUGGUGUUUACUGCGAAAGUUUGAAUAAUAAGCUGCUACUGGUAUGUGACAUCCUCUAACCUAUGUUUGUAUGAAUACAUAUGUAUUAUCUUGUAUUAUUUCUUUUUGCCAUGUUUGUUAGUCCAUACUCUUUAGCAGUUGGAUGACUGGAAUGCUUUCAAUUCAGUAGUAGUUUCACUGCAA